AUGGAAGAAUCUCCAGUAGAAGUAAGAAUUGCUGAGGAGACUGAUUUAAGGUCUAUUUCAGAAGAAAAAUACUCAAUAUCUAUUAAAGAUAUUAAUAAAAUCAGGAAUGAAAAAGAUUUUGCUAACUCCCCCCCAUCCUUGAUCGAACGACUCGCCGUCGUUCGAUCAAGGAUGGGGGUUAAAAAAAUUGUUUUGGAAAAACAAUUUAUAUAUAAAAUAAAAUAAAUAUAUAUAUAUAUUUUAUUUACUUUUAAAUAAGAGUGUUAAGAGUAUUUCAUAAUUAUUUUUACAGCAAAAAAUUGAAUUAAUUUCAUAAAAAUACCAAUUUUUAAUAUUUUGAUUUAUUAGCUACACCUUUAAACUGUAUAAAUUUUAAUUUGCUCCUCAUUAAAUUAAUUUUUUUUUUUAAAAUUUUAAAGAAUCUCUAUUUUAUUAGAUUAUUGGGUUUUUAAGCCUAGGUUGAUGACUAAAUCACUUCGGAUAGUUGACUUCGAAGCUUUCUAUCGUCUCAAAGUCUUUGAAAACAACUUCAUUAUGUACAUCUUGUCAAGCUUUUGCUAACUAAUAAUAUUUUUUAUAUAUAUAAAAUUUCGCAUAAUAUGAAAAUUGUUCGAUCAAGGAUGGGGGUUAAUUUCCCCAAUUUUUAGGAAUUUUUACAGUCAAUCGUUCGAUCAAGGAUGGGGGGGGGAAUAAAGUAUUAAUCGUUGAUGAUAAUGAAUUUAAUCGGAUGAUUUUAGGAGAAAUUUUGAAAAGUAGCAAUAUUUUGUAUAAUGAAGUUUGUACAGGGAAACAGGCAGUUGAUAUAGUGAUUGAGAUGGAUAAGAAGGGUCGACCUUAUCAAAUAUUAUGCGAUACACAAAUUGUGUAUAGAAUUUUUUUCAGGUCUGGAGCCAUUUAA